UGUAUUGUUGUUGUUUUCCCGCCAGCGCUAGCCAAAACAUAACAGAGGUAGUUUGUAAGUCGUAUUAAGUGUCGCAUAUAACUUCAAGCAUCAAAAACAUCUAUUUAAAUGAUCAAUUAAAUAAAAAUGAAGGCAAGAAUAAGCUAUUUCAAAUUUUUGCGUGAAUUAAGCUUUUAAAAGAGUUAUUAUAUUCGAUAGAUUAUCUUUAUUUCGAAUACAUUUGACCCUAUCAAAUUGACGCCUCUCAAAAAUUAAAUUAGGUGUAUCAAGGUUUAUGUAUAGAAUAAGUUUUCAGCCAUCUUACAGGGAAUAUUUACAGUUCGGUAUUUUACUUGUGGAAGAGCUGCUAGUAGUGACAUGUAGAUAAUCCUAAAAGCCUUCUUUCUUGUUCUUGAAAUGAUAAAAUACAUUUUUGUAUGAAAUAUUUUACUGUAGGUGUGGGAGCUAGCAAAUAAAACCAAAUGUUUUGGCGAUAUAAUUUGAUCACUGGGUCUUGCAUUGAAACACUGUUAGACAAGGAGAAUGUGACCCUGAAAGAAUUAAUGGAUGAGGAAGACAUUCUCCAGGAAUGUAAGGCACAAACAAAAAAGCUUAUAGAUUUCCUCAUUGAACCAGAAAUUUUGAAUAAAACGGUUUCACUGAUAUUAAAUGAACCAGAUCCAGAAGAAGAUGAAAGGCAACGCUAUAGGUAUGCGAAUCGAGCAUGUGAACUGUUAACUUUUGACAAUCCCCAAGUUUAUGAUGCAAUAGCUAGUGAUGAAGGCAUCUUGAAAAAGCUAUAUGACUUUUUAGAUACUGACGAAUCUUUAAAUCCUCUAUUGGCCAGUUUUUUCAGUAAGACUAUGGGUUUGUUGAUUAUGAAGAAAACUGAAGCAAUAUUCAAUUAUCUUAAAGAUACAGACUUUGUAAAUCUUAUGCUAAAGCAUUUGAACACUUCUGCAAUAAUGGAUCUAUUACUCCGUUUUAUAGCUAUAGAAAACAAUGACAUGAGGACUACAAUAAUUAAGUGGCUCAAUGAACAAAAACUCAUUCAGCAGCUUGUUAGCAGAAUUGAUCUUGAAUAUGAUGAAGAAUUUAACUGUAACGCCUCUCAUUCUCUUUGUGAUAUAAUAAAAAUGUCUAGGGAACACAUGUCACUGCUGCAAGAAAAAGCUGAUCCUAAUCCAUUAUUAGAAGCAAUUGAAUCAGUUGAAGUUAUUACUGAUCUUCUAAAUCAUAUGUUAAAAGAUACAAGAAAAGAACAUGCUGUUGUCAAUGGUAUUCCAGUUCUUUUGUCGUUGCUUUCUUUUAAGAAACAAGGGCAAUCUGGAAUUCAACAAAUACCAACCUCACUUGGUGAUCAGCCCCUACAAGCAGAUAAUGCACCAUCUUGCUUUUCAGUGACUUCUAAAAUGAGUGAAACAGAGCAAAUGACUGCUUUGGAUGCUGAGAGAUUAAGAUGUGGUAUAAAUGAUGUUUUAACUGCAAUAACUCCACGUUUAGAAGAUUUUCAUAGUUUACUUCUGAAACCUCCAGUUAAGCCUGCCAUAAAAUUAACUAUCGGUUGUUUAGACCCACCUCUUGGAAACUGUCGUUUAGAAAUCGCUCAUUUGAUCACUGCAUUACUUGGCACAAACAAUCAUUCUGUAAAUGUGAAAUUGACUGAACUUAAAACAAUCAUCGUUCUUAUGGACAUGUUUUUUAAUUAUCCUUGGAAUAACUUUUUGCAUUCACAAGUCGAACAAGCAAUAGGUAGGAUACUUAUUAAUGCCCCAACUGUUGAUAAGGAAAGUAAUAAAGUUCAUCCUCUGCUAGAUCAGUUAUUCCUGCAAUACAAAAUAACUGUGAAAGUUUUAGAGUGCUUCCAAGAUGAUAGUGAAAAGUGUUCUCCUGGAAAACAUAGGAAAGGUUACAUGGGUCAUGUCACUAAAAUUGCUAAUCAUAUUGCUCAAUGUUCAGAAAAUGGUGUAAAUAGUAAUUUGAUUAAAGAAAAAAUGAAAGAAUUACCAGAAGAUCAUCAAAAUAAGUGGGAAGAAUUUGUAUCAGAAAAGUUAGCUGAAAUAAAUAAGAAAAAUAGAAUUUAUGUUAUAUCUGGACCUUCAGUGCAAUCUGCUGCUUCUGAUGAAGAUUCUGUAGAUUUUAGAGAGGUUCCCUUUGGCAAAGAUUCAUCAGAACGUUUGGACUUUUCGGAUUAUCGUAUGCAUGAAAUUACUAGUAAUUUUGUUGACCAGUUUGGUUUCAAUGAUGAUGAAUUUGGUGACAGCGAAGAAAGUUUGAUUUAUGCUAAAAAUGCCCUGAAUCCCUUGUCUCAAAAUUUCCAAAUUAGUGAAGGAAAUAAUAUGGGCAGAAAUGAAGUGUUUGAAGAUCUAUGUCGUUCUAAAGUAACUCCUGAAUUUGAGGAUAUGUUUCGCUCUAAAAUUAAUCCAGAAAGUGAUGCUGAAAUAUGGACUGACCGAGAUCAAUAUAACUCUUCUUUUAGUUCAUGCUUUAGAAUCAAUAGGUCGGUUGAAGAAAAUAAUAGUAGUGAUUCUGAUGAAGAGUCACAAGUAUUUGAAGCUGAAAAUACUCCUCCUAUCCCUCUAGCACCUGAAGAAAUAAAAAUGGAGGUUGAUAAUCAUGACGCCAUUUUUGAUGGAGUUCCCAUGGAAGUAGCUCAAGCAGCAAUUUCAAAUCCAUGGGGAAGUUCUGAAGCAUGUUCUUCUUCCGAUGACCAAGGAAACUGGGCAGAUUUUAGUAAUUUUGCUUCAUUUGGCUCAUCAACCCCAGCCUCCGAAGAUUCUGAUGGUGUAAGCUCGACUGUUACGGUUGCAAUGGAAACUUCAGACCCAAGCAGUGUUAAGUUUUUUACAACUACCAGUGAAAUAUCUGAAGCCAAGGCUGAAACCAGUGUGUCCAGUGAAAUUAUUAGUUUUAGUAAAUUUACGGAAGAAAAAAAGACAGAAAUCUUACCAGAUUCCACUAGUGAUUUACAAGCAAAUUCUGAAAGUGUACAGUCUCCAAAAACUGUUUCUGAAGGGGAAGCAGAUUCAAAUGUCAUUAAUCCUAGCAGUGAUGAAAGGGAAAAAGAUUCAGGAAGUCUCUUUGGAGAAGCAAGUUCUUCUAGUACUGCUCAGAAUGGCCCAGUGUGAAAAUAUAUAGGAGUAGUUUCCAAAAAAAAAAUAUUGUUUUUUGUAACAAGACAGUGAUUAUGCUUAGCCUCCAUAAAAUAAAAUGUUAUUGUUGUGAAUGUUUGAAAUUUCAUUCUUUGUCUGCAUUAAAUAAAUAUUUUGCAAUUGAGGUAUAAUAACACAUGCAGAUUUGUAUAUGCCAAGCAUCUUUUUUAAAUAUUGAAGUUCAACUUUUAGAAUUUAAAUGAAUUUAAUAUUACUGAUAAAUUAAUGUACAAUGUUUUCCUAAAUUAUUUUUAAAUAAUUAAGGCAAUAAUUUGUAAUUUAUUCUUAAAAACUUGGGUAAAAUUCUUCAUUGAAAUUAAAACAUCAGGGCUGGUCUCUGAGUAUUAUUUUUGUUGUUUUAUUAAAUUUAAUUUUGAUUCCAGUAGAUGUGUUUUUAGUUUAUGUUACCUUUGUAUUAUAACAUUUUUCUUGUUCAAUUUUGCUUGUAUCAUGAGUCGUAUUUAUUGCAUUGCUAUGACAACUUAAAAACUGUGUUACUGAAGAUUGUUGUAUACUCAAAACAAUGCACAUUUCGCCAUUUCUCAAAUUUUAGUCAUCUUCAAUUAUGGACACGAACAUCAGUUAUCUAAAGCAUGAUUUAACAAGCAUCUAGAAAAUUGACCUACCUUUAUUCAAUGUUUUCUCAAAUAGCUGUCAAAACAAAAUAUGCAUAAUAUCAAAUAUUAAGUUAGAUUCAUAAAUUAUUUGCUUUAAAUAACUGAAGUUCUGAAGAUGUAUUGAAAUUAUUUGUAGAGCCACCUUUGAAUAUGGCUUCCACUCAUUGUUUUAUGUAUGUUAUUUUAUUUACCUACCGACUUAAAAGAAUUGAAUGGAAAUACCUUUAAACCCAUGGCGCUUUCAUAAAUAAAUAAGUUUGGGGAGAAACAACAUGUUUUUCCCAAAUCUCUGUUUAUGUAUCUAAUAACAUGAAGAAAACUGAUUUGGUGUAUGGAAAAAAAUAUAUGCCAAAAUGCUACUUUUACUCCUGAAGCUGUCAUAGGGUUAAUUAUGUUAUUUCUAUAAUUUAUUAUAUUUCCUUGCUUAUUGAGACUGUGAAAGUUGUAUUGUGAAUUUGAAUUGUCAGAUUUCAUAAGAGAGCUACUGUUAACAAUUAUUAGUUGUUAAUUUUUAUAUUUAUGAAAAUUUACGAUUUUAAAAUGCUGUUGAUUUGUAAGAGUAGUCUUUUGUAAUUAUUUCAUUUGUGUAUAUUACUAAUGACAGGAAUUUAUGACUUAACUAUCUGAGAAAGUGUAAAAAAAUGUGUUUCUAUUUCGUUUUGUAACUUAUGUUGCCUUGACUUAUUUUUUCUCUGAUGUUUCAUUAAUGUAACAGUUAUUUUAAUUUACACAUAAAAAAUAUGGUAUUUUAUACUUUAAUUUCAUUGUUUGGAUCUUUCAUUAAUAGUAUUGUCUCUAUCCAUAUAUUAUAUCACUGUAGGUGUUGACUUUAAGAUAAACUUCUGGAUGACAAUAAUUCUUAAAGCUAAUAAAAUAGAUAAAUAUAUUAAAUCACAAACAAAAAAUGUAAGUGCACUAGAUAAGAAAUUAUGAAAUGCUUUGGUAUUCGUUCUAUUUAUUGCAAUCAAAAGACUAUUUUUGUUAUAAAAAAAUAAUAAACAAAUAAAAUUGUGUACAAGACUAAAA